AUGGCGAGGGGAAACAGACGGAAUAAUAGAGGAAGAGGAGGUUCAAGAGGUCGUGGAGGUAGUCGAGGCGGAGGAGGCGGAAGAUCAAGAGGAAACAGUAAAUCGAAGUCGAAAUCCCACCCUCAGAGACCACCUCAAGGAUAUACAAGAAAUGUGAAUAUGACAGAUUAUCCCGAAUUAAUGGACCUAGCAGAAAAUGUUGUCCUCGGUGGUGCUUCUCCAUCGAUGUAUCAAUUAUCUCAAACUAGAAGACAUUGGAUGGAUGAGGUUGAAUAUACUAAUUCACAUCAAGCGGAUACGAUGUCCAGAAAAUUAAGAAAUAAUCCUGUGGAAUUCGUAAAAGCUAAAGAAGUUUAUGAUCCGAACUCGAUACUUAUUGAAUUGGCGAAGAAGAACAAGCAUAAUAUUGUUGAUAGAAUAGAGGGUGAUUUUAAGGAUAUUAGUUUGGAUGAGGUUAACGUGGUGCCGCAUGAGAAUGAGGAGGAUGGGGCUGAGAGUCAUAUUAAUGGUCUGCAACCUAUAGUGUCAGACGAGAAACCAGCUGAGAGAAUACGCAUUGAAACAGAUGUUGACGUUCAGGAAAGCAUUACUGACAACCACGUCGAGGGUGCUGAACAUAGAGUUGGCGAGGAAAGCCCGGAAGGAGAACCAGAAAAUCCAAUUGAAGUGGAGGACUAUCUAUCCGAAGAGGAGCUGAAUGACUCUCCAUCGGAUCAAGAAAAUGAUGAAGUCAGUAUGGAAGGAAAUGUAGAAAAUCCAAUAGAGGUGGAAGACAAUUCAUCUGCCGUAGAGCUGGAUGAAACUUCCUCAGAUGAAGAGCUGGAUGAAGAGGACGAUGACGUUGCAGUAGUAGUACAAGAAGAAGAAAUAAAAGAAUCGGAGUGGAUUGAAGCAUAUCCUGACUCAGAUGGAGAAGGUUACAUCCCAGAAGAAACCUCAACCAAAGAAUCCAAUGCCCCAUCUACCAGUAAGUCCAACAACAUAGUUCCAACACUUGACAUCAUACUAGACACACCAACCACCUCCGUGCAUAUAUUAGCCGACUCUCCACAACCAGAAUCUCAACCCGAAAUCGAACCAGAACAAGCUGAACCAGAACCAGAAUACGGCUAUCUCGAAGAAGAUUACGAAUUCGACAUCUCACGAAUCGAAGUCACCAAUGUCCGAUUCGGAAUCCAUAAUCAAUAUUAUUGUCGUUGUUUGGACCUAACUGGUUCCCCAGACGAUUUUGCCUGGAUAGAUGAAGAUGAUGUGAUUGAAUAUGCUUUGGAGAAUGGAGUCAAGGAACAUCGAUUAGGGAAGUUUUUGUCGUUUAUUACAAAAGGAAUGAUUGAUGAUUCUGAAGAAGAAGAGGAAGAGGAAGUUUAUAUUUCCGAUAGUGAUGAGAGUGAAGAAGAAGAAGAGCAUGAAGUAAUCGAGAUUGAGGAUUACGAUGAUGAAGAUGAUGACGGAUUGGAUUCAUUGGUGGAAUAUUCUCGUGCAAGUACCCAAGGAUUCCUUGCCUUUGAAGACCGUGAUUUCUCACGCAAUACCCCGGCGAAGAAACGUACAACGUUCUCCGAUUUAGAUAUCGAAGAUGAUCUUCAAGAAUCCCUAACAUAUCAACUCCAACAAUAUAAAGCAAACAAAAAGAAAAAACUCAAAGCUUGGGAAGUAAACGAAAAGGAAGAAGCAAUCUUGCGUAAUGACAUGUUGAUCAAAUAUCCACUUCAAAUCCACAUAAAUGAAAUCAAAGCGGAAAUGGAAGCACUCCUAAGAGAUCAUACUCGAGAUUCGGUAAGUUUCCCCCCAUUAGAUGCUCAUGGUCAUAAAAUUAUCAAAAUGAUGGCAGAUGGAUACAAUAUGGGUGUCAAACGAUGUGGUGGGCUGUCUACAUCUCAUUAUAUGAGAGUACAAAAGUCAAAAGCGACGUUUAGAUUUUAUCCAAACUAUGAUAAAAUAGAUCGCUUCCUCAGACAGAGACGAGUCUUUGUUCGACAAGACAAGAAACCACCCCCUAAAGACAGAAAUACCGACAAGAAAGUCGUCAAACGCGGAGGAGGCAAUGAUUCGAAAGCACGGUUCAGAGAAGGUGAUAUUGUGGGUGCAGAAGCUCCCGAGAUUAGUGAAUCUAAUGUAGGGAGACAAAUGUUGGAAAAAUUGGGUUGGGUAGCUGGUCAAGGUUUGGGUGCGCUUGGAAAUCAAGGUAUUAAUGAACCGGUGGUUGCAAAAGUUAAACAAUCCAGAACCGGGAUUAAAUAA